GUAUCACGCUGAAAGGCCGACCGUCGGAUGUAAGAUUGACUAAGGAUGUCUGGACCAGAAGUCUUCUGCACAGUCCUCAAAAAAGGGAAAUUUCUGCAAAUCUGGGGCACCUAUUCAGAGACUUCCGUCGGUCGUACCGAUGCAUUGGACAGUCUGCUCAGCGAAUUCGGUUAUUUUAGUAAUAAUGCAAAAGUUUCCAUACACGAUUUGAAGUUCUUUGGAGCGAAGUCUGGAUCGCGAGCUCGGCUACUAUCAACUCAUCAUUGAGUUGUGCGCCUCUCAUGGCUUGGCCCCAAUUUUCCUUCGCGCCUUUUCC